GCUCUCAGAAACACAACUAAAAGCUUGAAGACCUCAGGUGACAGACUGCCUCCUGUUACCGCACCAAGACUGACAACCUAAGCAGUGGCUCCGCCCAAAGAGCAAGCUUCUCGCCCUCCGAGGGGAGGCCCGGCAAGAUCGUCCUCUGGACAGCACCUUGCUAUUUUGUGACGCUGCUCCAGCCCCCAAGAUGUCCAAGAUCUUGGGCCUUCCCUUGAGGCGUGACGCUCACGACCCGAAACACCUCUCAUACAGCGUGCACACCACAUUUCAGAUUUUAAUGAUUUACACUGCAAUCAAGCAAAGAGGCUGCGAACUCAAAAGCCAGCAACAACUGAACAUUUAAACUCCAACGUCAACAGUCAGAAUACAGCCCUCAAGGCGGCCAGCUGGGACCCUGCCGGCGGCACCGCGCACCGAGAACCCAGCGCGAGCAGUCGCUGAGCCGAUGGGCUGGGCCCAGCUGUAGCUUUGGCUACGUCGCGGGCAGCCUGGGAGCCAAUCCGCGGCGGGCUGAGCCGUUGCCUUGGCUACACCGUCUGUUAGGGCCGCGCACGAGAUCAGUGACUGAGACCUCACCGCGUUGCCCCAGCACCAGGGCUCGCGGGGGUCCCGCGAGGGUCUCGGUAGCCGCGCGCCCCGAGACCCCCGCCGCGGCCCGAUUCUCUGAGCGCCAGACAUGAACCGCAAGAAGCUGCAGAAGCUGACGGACACCUUAACUAAAAAUUGCAAGCAUUUAUUCCGAGGUUUUGAUAAAGAUAAUGAUGGCUGUGUAAAUGUAUUGGAGUGGAUUCAUGGAUUAUCACUGUUUCUUCGAGGAUCUUUGGAAGAAAAAAUGAAAUAUUGCUUUGAAGUGUUUGAUUUGAAUGGUGACGGAUUCAUUUCAAAGGAGGAAAUGUUUCACAUGUUGAAGAACAGCCUUCUCAAACAGCCAUCUGAGGAAGACCCUGAUGAAGGAAUUAAAGAUUUGGUUGAAAUAACACUGAAGAAAAUGGAUCAUGACCAUGAUGGGAAGCUGUCUUUUGCAGACUAUGAACUGGCUGUGAGAGAAGACACUCUUCUACUGGAGGCCUUUGGGCCAUGUCUUCCUGAUCCAAAGAGCCAGAUGGAAUUUGAAGCUCAAGUAUUCAAAGAUCCAAAUGAAUUCAAUGAUAUGUGAAUAACUAAAUGUCUAUAUUGUCUCAAGGUGAAGAUGAGGUUCACUUACAUAUAUCAUUUAACAUCAGUGUAAGAUGCAAUUAAAAUAGAUGGAAGACAAGAAGUCCCUUAUUAGAUGAUGGGUUUGGCAAGACAGUUAACUUUUCUACAGAUAUUUUAUCACAUAGACUAUCUGUCGAAGCACAUAACUGGCAUAAAACCUUUGGGUUCAUUAAAUGAAUAGAGAGAUUACAUAAUUAUGAAUUGUUAAUGCAAAUAUUCUGCAUGUCAGAAAGAAGCUGGGUGUACACUGAAAAAUCAUUGAAACUACUGGAUUUCCUUUGAAACAAUAAAUAAUGAAGAUGGCAUCAAAAGAAUAAGAGUAUUCUAUUGAGCAUUGAAACGCCUUUCUGGUAGGCAUUGAGGGAGAUCUAGAGAGAUGAAAGAUACAUGGAAAUCAUAUUAUAUUGAAAUAUAAUAUGAUUUGCAUUAUUGUUUGAAGCUUUGGCUAAAUAACAUUACUGAUUGUAAGCACCUGAAGGCAAGGGUUUUAUCCACCACAUCUUUGUCUGCCAUAGCAUUUAGUCCUCUGCUUACAAUGGGCUGUCCAUAAUUACUGUAGAUUGGACUGAAAAUCAAAAAGUACCACAAGAUAAAUGCAAACACUUGGUGAGCAGAGGGAGAACAUGUACUGAGUUUCUUAGGUUUCAUGGCUAAUGCAUUGGCACAGCUUUCAGUGUAUCCCUGCAGUCCUUCCAGAUAGUCCCUGCCCCAUGCAUUGCAGAUGGUUGCCAAAGCCCCGCGCUGUCCUGGCACCCAGUGUUCCUCCAUCCUGACUCCACGUAUUGCCCCCUUGCCACUGCCUGAGUGCACCAUAGUGUCCCCAUCCCCCCACUGCCUGGAGUUCCCCUUGUGUACCCCCUUAUCAGGGCAUGACCUAACUGUGCCCUGCUGGCUGUGACCUCCUGAAGACAGACCUGGCUUCUCCCUGCAUCCAGUUCCCCAGUAUGUGCUAUGGGCAUCCUGAGAAGCCUGAAAAAGACAGGGCCAGGUUAGGCUUGGGUGAGCUGCUUUCUGCCUUCUUGGUACACACAGUAAGCAGUGGAGAGGCGUGUUACACCGUAUCUGUUCUAUCCUCAUCUAAAUACUGAGAGGCUAGUUGGGAUAGUAAAUCUUUCUUACUACAUAUACAUUAAGUUUAAGUAAAAGAGAAUAUUGUGUGAAAAAAUGCACUAUUACUAAUAAAUGGAAUAAACAGAUCCAUGAAAUAAAAGAAAACAUAUUUUACUGUCC